GAAGAACGGUUGAGUGUUGUUCUUCAGUGGAAAACAAAAAGAGGAGGAGAGUGAGAGCAUUGAAGGAGUGUAGAAAGAAACAAAAAAGAUACAAAAAAUCAACGUGUAGGAGGGAAGAAAAGCAGAAUAAAACUCCUCCACCUCUCAUCUGACCGACAACUUUUAUUAGCUAAGUGUGUGUGUGUCUGUUUUCAUGAGGGUAACUGGAUGGCGUUAUACAAGCUAGCGUCGCAGUUCAUUACAGACAUGUACAUGUACCCCUGAAAGGACCUGAAGGAAGAGGAAAAUGAUGACUGGGAUUGAGAGAUUCAGACUGGCUGAGUGAAGAGGAACAAAUAAAGAUAAGAAAUCACAGGAGGAAGAGAAGGAUGAUGACCAGGAGCUGCAGGAAAAAUGGUCAGCUGAGACUGUCCCCUGUCCACAAUUUUAAAAGGGAGACUGCAAGCAUCAUUUCAGGCCCCUCAGUGAACAAGAGGCUGGGAGAACACAUCAGGGACCUACAGGAUCUUUUAGUCAGCUGUGGAGAUAAAGGAGGCAUACUGUACAAGGAAAAGUUCAACAACAGUAAGCCAUGCAUCCUCUCUGAAGGACAGUGGUUCACACCCUCAGAGUUUGAGAAGUUUGGAGGAAAGGAGAAAAACAAAAAGUGGAAAACUAGCAUCCUUUAUCGCCAGUUUCCUUUACAAACACUCAUAGAGGGGGGCUUUCUUUCAUCUCCAUCAUUUAAACAAAAGAAGAUACAGGAUGAAGAGUCUUCACCUGUUGGCAGGGACUCACUGGGACAGCCACAAUGCAAGAGAGCGCUGUUUACAUCCAGUGGAAGUACCAGACAAGUUACAAUUUCAGAGUCCAGUGCUGGAGAAGAAGAAGAAGAAGAAGAAGAAGAAAAAGACACAAGGCCAGUGCAUCCAUCUGUGUUUCAAACUCCUACUUUACCAGUCAGCUGUGGUUCUGUCAAUGGAGUUUUAUAUAAGCGCAGAUUUGCCUCAGGGUCACGAAGUAAAAGCAUCCGCACGGAGGAGUGCUGGUUCACUCCGGAGGAGUUUGUAAAGCAGGAGUUAACUAUGACAGACGGGCACUGGAAGAAAGAUAUUCAAUGUCAUGGCAAAACAUUAAACUACCUGUUGAAGAAGAAGAUCCUGAUGGCACAUUGCCGGCUGUGUAGUUGUAAUCAUUGCAGUACUACAGAGCAGGAUCUGCUUGAUGAGAAAAAUGAUGAUGAGUGCUUCAUCUGUAACACUGAAUGUGACCUGCUGUGCUGUGAUGAAUGUCCAAGAGCUUUCCAUCAUCAGUGCCAUUUACCGGCUGUGCAGGACGAUUCACUGGGAGAAAAGUGGAGUUGCACUUUCUGUGUCUUGAAGAUCAACCAGAGAUGGUGGCAAUCCAGACACAUGACUGAAGAAGAAGCUCUGGACAGUUCUAUUUCUCAGUUGCAUUGCCAGUAUUUGCUGUUGUGUAUGUAUAAGGAGGAUAUAGAGCAUGUGUUCACUGAAGACCCCACUAAAAGAAUCUCAGGCUACAGCAGAGUGAUUGCUGACCCCAUGUGGCUGGACAGAGUGAAGACAAAGCUGCAGAACAGAAAGUAUAGAAAACUGGGCCAGUUUGUGUCUGACGUCCGGCUCAUCUUUCACAACUGCCACAUGUUUAAUAAGGGCAACAAGUUUGACAAGUUGGGAUCCAGGCUGAGUGAGGUGUUUGAGAGGGAGUUCAAAAGCAUCUUUAACAUCCAGUAGCAUCUCUCCUCAAUCAGGAACCUUCAUUAGUAUUAACCAACUAUGAUGAAUAAUAAUUUUGCAAACACUUUAAUUUGAUUAGCUUUUUGUAAAGCAGUUUGAUACUGAAAUGGCUGAUGGGCUUUUAUCAGGGGUCAGUGCCUCACUAAUCAAUCAUCAAGCCUCACUAAAACCACUACUUUUUAAAUACAUGCUUCUACAGAGGCAGGUGGCAGAAGCAGUGAAAGUGAAACUAAACUUCAUAUAUAAGGCUAUACUGAUUAACAUAGGAAGGUUUAAUGCCUGAACAACCUGAAAUCAACCUAAAAAAUUACUUCCUGUAUAAGCAAUAAUAAGCAACUGUUUGUUCAUUCAAAUUAUUUAUUUAGGUUGAAUGAAACUACUUAAUUUGCUUAUUACCCUGUUAAGUAAUUUUUUUAGGUUGAAUGGAUGGACAGUUUUGUACAACGCAUGUUGUGCGAAGGUUAAUUAGCAGAUUUCUUAAAAGGGGAAACCUUUGGUGAUUGUUGUAUUAAAAUUCACUGGUGAUUUGUUGUAAACGUGGCUCUCCUGUUGAUUCUCUCCUGAAUGUGUGGCUCAGUUAGACAGACUUACUGUACCAUUUGUUCACGCAUAUCACCUUAGCUUUUUUAUUACUAUUAAUUUUUUUUUUUAUUUUGUCGAAUGUGGAUACAUUGUAACCCAAAUUUCCCACCUGGUGUUUGGGACCAGGCCUGGUUGGUUUCCUCAUAUGUUAAGAAACGAGGUUUAUUUGAACAAUAUGCAUCAACUGUCAUGUUCGAGUUUUUUUUUUAAUUGCCUUUUGACUUUAAAUUUCCUUUUCAGUUAUCUCACAGAUACACUAGCCUUUAAACAUUUGAAAUCACCAUUUUCACUCAUAUAAAACUGAUCUUGCUUUAGAUAAAUGUAUAAAAUGACUCUAGUAUAACAGUCCUGUGCAACUUUACAGGUUUUAAACAAUUAGUAGGACAAUUUUCAGCUGAAAUAAACUCUCAAGUUGGAUGAAUGUCAGUAAAUACUUACUGUA